AUGCAAAAAAAACAGUGUCCGUAUGCAUUAUAUAUAACGGACACUAGAAGUGCAUUAAUUAUAUUUUGGAUUCGUUCAAAAUUAAGUGCAUUUUUUUUCAAUAUUAUUUAUUCAUACGAAGAUUAUUUAUCAUUUAUUUUGAGCUGGGAUCCUGAAUGGCUAAACGAAGCAGCGCUUCAAACAGGAUGUUUAUACAAAAACUGUUCUACAUUAACACCAACACCAGUCAAAGAGCGGUAUCUGUCGUUUUCUGAAUAUCAACAAGCAACUGUACCAUGGUUGUUAGAAGUAGAAGAAACAUGGGAAAAUGUAUGUAGGGAAACAUUCUUCAAUACUAGACACCUUUUCAAACUUCCCCUUACAAGCUCACGUGAUCAAAUUGCAACACGGUCUGGUCCGGCCCGUAAACAAGAUUCAAAAACGCAGGCCCUGCCCGGUCCGCGGGGACCCGUUCAGGCAUCCCUCAUAUCUAAUUUACGACGUUUUCAUGCACUGUCAGAAUUGAAUAACUGCCUGUUGUUUCAAUAUUUGCUGGAUCCAAAACUGACCGAUGGAAUGUUUCAUUUCACAAAAACAAUAUUUCAAACUAUAUACAAUAAAUCACAGCAGCGUGUCAUCGAAGAGGCUGUUUCAAUGGUAUGUGAUGGAAAGAAGGAUGAACCGAAAGUAUACAUGAUUCAAGGACCACCAGGCACAGACGGAUUAAAAGCUAGACGUGUCGGUCGCGACGAAGCUCUUUGUAUGGAAGAAGAUCUCAAUCGUGUAACACUUGAAUAUUUGACCGAACAACAGUUAGAGAAAGAAAUUAAUCUUUGUCAGAGUAAUCAAAAUUUGGACAACGAUAUACUAAGAGUAUCAGAGGAAAAACAACAAAUUCAAGAUGAAAUUAAAGUAGAAGAACGACCUUCCCAAGUUCAGGUUUCGUUCCGUGACACGACAUUACCGCGAACGACAUUACCGCGAGACAAUACAGCGAACGACAAUACAGCGAACGACAAUACCGCGAAAUAA